AUGACAGAGGAUUUCACUCUCACUGAGGAAGACUACAUGAUUACUGAAGUUACUCUUGGCCCUAACAUAUGCUUUUCUAAACGUGUUGAAGAUAAACUUGAUUUUGAUUGGCAGUGCGCUGGACCAUGGCAAAUAAUCGACCUGCCAAAUGAUUUCUACAUUGUGAAGGUUGUUCUUCAAGAAGACAUGGACUAUGCAUUAUGCAGUGGCCCUUGGAUAAUUGCUGGCCAAACCUUGGUUGUGCAAAAAUGGAGAGCUAAUUUCAACCUUGUUAAGGAAAGAAUUAGCAGAAUGGCUGUCUGGGCUAGAAUCAAUGAUAUCCCAGUAAAAUACUACGAGGAAUACACCAUGUCUAAAAUUGCUUCUAUGAUUGGACCUGUUAUCAAAGUUGAUAAACUCACUUUAGCUCAGGCUAGAGGAAAAUUUUGCAGGGUUUGUGUAGAGAUUGACCUCGAUGCCCCUCUAAAACCUUUUGUUGAGAUAUAUGGUGCGGCAUUUGGGGUGGUUUAUGAGGGAAUCAACACAAUUUGCUUUAAUUGUGGCUGUUAUGGCCAUGUAAGGGAGAAAUGCCAAGUUGUGGAGCACACUGUUAAGCAGGUAGAUGGGACAAUUAGUGCUAGACCUAUGAACAAUGAGGCCAAUCCUACUUCAUCUGAAGUUGACACUAUCACUCCUCCUACCAGUGAGAACAACACUCCAACCUAUGCCAAAAACAGCAAUGCAGGCCCAUAA